CAAUCAGAGAGGACAUUGUUGAGGUAGUUCUAGAAAAUAAACAACAAUUCUAUAAUCUUGGAAGAUUCUUCUAAGAAAAAAAGAAUCUGCCUCAGCAAACAACUCCUUAAAAUCCCAAACAUGGGGUUGUUGUCUUCUUUGAUUGUGUCUAAUAAUUACAAGCAUUUUGUAGUUUUGUUCAUAGGUUUAGUCUUAAUCUUCAAUAUAGCCUUAAUUACUUCUGCUAAUGAGGAAAGCCAGAUUUACACUGUGCAUUUGGGUAUGAGGCAACAUGAUGAUCCUGAUCUUGUAACUGAAUCACAUCAUGAUAUUCUCGGACCACUUCUUGGAAGCAAAGAAGCCUCUCGUGAGUCUAUGAUUUAUAGUUACAGACAUGGUUUCUCAGGCUUUGCAGCGAAACUCACAUCAUCUCAAGCUAGGGAACUUUCAGCGCAUCCGCAUGUUGUUCACGUAACAAGAAGUAGGAAUAUGAAAUUGAAAACAACAAGGGUUAAUGAUUACUUGGGACUUACUCCAACCGCUCCGACCGGUCUCAUGCAUGAGACUGAUAUGGGAAGUGAAGCAAUCGUAGGAAUUGUGGACUCAGGAGUAUGGCCAGAUUCACCUUCAUUUAGUGAUAACGGUCUUGGACCGAUCCCGAGGCGUUGGAAGGGACGAUGUGUCUCAGGAGAAGGAUUCAACGCAUCGAGCUGUAAUAGGAAGUUGAUUGGAGCUAAUUACUACUCAAACGGUAUCACGCAAAAGUACAAUGGAAAGCCUAACAAAGGCGAGGUCAUGUCCCCUCUAGACAAAGUCGGCCACGGAACGCAUUGUGCAACGACAGCCGCGGGUUCUUUUGUCCAAGACGUGAGCUUCCACGGUCUAGCUAAAGGAACCGCGAGAGGCAGUGCCCCAAAAGCCCGUAUAGCGUCUUACAAAGUGUGUUGGAACAAUGAGGAGUGUUUCACACCUGAUAUUGUAAAGGCCAUGGAUCACGCUAUACGCGAUGGUGUGGAUGUACUAUCGCUCUCGCUCGGAGCCACAGUACCGCUUGAUUUCGAGGUUGAUAGGAGUGAUUUUGCGAUUGCUGCAUUCCAUGCCGUUAUGAAAGGUAUUCCAGUAGUAUGCGCGGGAGGAAACGAUGGUCCUCAAACUCAAACUAUCUCUAACGUUGCUCCGUGGAUCAUCACCGUCGCGGCUACAACCAUGGAUAGAGAAGUCUUCACGCCCAUCACUCUUGGAAACAAUAUAACCUUAUUGGGUCAAGAAGGUGUAUACCUUGGAAAAGAAGUUGGAUUCACUGAAAUUCUUUUCCACGACGACCUGACAAAAGAAGAUUUUCAAGCUGGUAGAGCUAAAGGAAAAAUCUUGUUUUACUUCCAACCAGGGAAAGCUCAAGAAGAUUAUGCGGUUUUCGCGGAAUCAAAAGGCGCGGUUGGCGUCAUUAUUGCGACGCAUCCAUCAGAUAAUAUCGAAAUUGGGAGUACGGAUAUCGCUUCUGCCUAUGUAGACUUCGAACUUGGGAUGGAUAUACUAUUGUACAUCCAAACAACCAAACAGCCAAUAGCUAAGAUCAGUCCAACCAAGACGUUCGUUGGCCGACCUUCAGCUACUAAGGUUGCAAAAUUUUCGUCUAGAGGUCCCAAUUCAAUAUCUCCUGCCAUUCUCAAGCCGGAUAUAGCAGCACCAGGUUCAGGUAUACUCUCAGCUGUUCCAUCAAAGACAGGAUACGAAUUCAUGUCAGGAACAUCUAUGGCUGCACCUAUCAUUUCCGGAAUCGUCGCACUUCUUAGACAAAAACGCCCUGACUGGUCUCCUGCCGCAAUCCGAUCCGCGCUCGUUACAACGGCAUUGCAAACCGACCCAUCGGGAGAGCCUAUUGCAGCCGAGGGUUCACCACGCAAACUCGCUGACCCAUUUGACUACGGAGGCGGACUCGUGAACCCCGGGAAAGUAGCGGAUCCCGGACUUGUCUACGACAUGGGCCACAAUGAAUAUGUUCAUUACUUGUGCUCUGCAGGCUACGAUGAUAUAUCCAUCUCAAAACUACUUGGAAAAAAUAACACUUGCCCUUCUCCAAUGCCAUCAAUGCUUGAUGUAAACUUGCCAUCCAUCACAAUCCCAUAUCUCAGUCAAGAGAUCACUAUCACUAGAACCGUGACUAAUGUUGGACCGGCUGGCUCAGUUUACAAAGCUAUGAUCCAAGCGCCUCAAGGUAUUAACCUUCAGGUUAGUCCCGAGACUCUUGACUUCAGUUCCAACACCAACAAGAUUACAUUCACGGUCAAAGUCUCAACGACUCAUAGAUCAAAUACUGAUUACCACUUUGGGAGCUUGACUUGGAUUGACAAUGGAGGUCACAAUGUAAGAAUCCCUAUUUCUGUGAGAACAAGAGUUUUGCACUACAAGUUCUAACAAUAUUAGUAACGUUCUAGUAUAAUAUUGUUAUUGAACCAAUGUGUAUUAUAAUUUUGUUUUCUAUCAGAGAGGCAACGUAAAUGUGAUAAG